GCCGCAAGUGGGGCUCCACCUAACCAUGACGGAACGGAGACCCAUACUAUCGUCAUAACCUCCGAAACAUAUACCCCUCCUUCGUUCUUCCCCGCCAAAUACACCCACCCCCAUAGUCUGUCAUUCCUGUCCACAGCAACACACAUACCAAUGUCUUCUCAUACCACCUCCGAGCCCCUCCAGACUUAUGAGGUCUCGGAUUUCACCUUCCACAAUGCUUCCACACUACCCAAGCUCAAACUAGCCUACAAGAUCCUCAAUCCACACAACUCCAAGAUUGCAGUCGUCCACACUUGUUUCAAAGGCCGCCUCAACACCACCCCAACAUACGCUGACGGCGCCUUGAAGAAUCACAAAAUUAUCCUCCUUGCCCUCCUUGGCAAUGGCGAAUCCUCCAGUCCUUCAAACACUCCAAACUUUCCCUCUCAAAUUGAAUACAUGGAUUGCAUCAAUGCCCAAUAUCCCCUCCUGACCGAGGAGCUCGGCAUCAAAGACGUCGAUGUAAUGCUGGGCUUCUCCAUGGGCGGCCAAAUCACCUACCAUUGGCUAGUUUCACAUCCCGACUUUAUCAAGCAUGCAGUCAUCAUCUGCUCCUCAGCCAAGACAAGCAGACACAACUACCAAUUCCUCGAAGGCCCAAAGGCAGCCUUGGAGCAUGCCGCCAGUCCAGCAAGAGGCAUCCGAGCCUUUGGGAAAGCCUACUCGGCUUGGCUAACGAGUGCAGAAUGGUUUGACAAGGAAUGCUACAAGGAGAUGGGCUUCCAGCAAUUGCGCGACUGGGACGAUGUCACGAAUAUUCAGGGCUAUGAAGGCUGGGCCGCCGACGAUCUGCUGGCCCUGCUGGGCAUGUGGCAACGGGGCGAUAUUGCUCGCUGCACCAAAGAUGGGGAUUUCGAGGCUGCACUAAAGAGCAUCAAAGCAAAAGUUCUCCUUAUGCCAUGCGAAAUGGAUCAAUAUUUCAGGCCCUAUGUAAGCCACAGGGAGGUUGAGAGCCUGCAAAACGGUCUUGUCGAGGUCAUUCCUAGCAUAUGGGGUCAUAUUGCGGGUGGUGGAGCCAAUAAAAAGGACACUGAGUGGAUGGAUCACAGGAUGAAACUCUUCUUGCGUGGUCUAGCGUAGGGACCGUGACAGACCUGAUUGUUUCACCCUAUGUAGUAGCACAGCACGUGAUCUCACCGUCAUCGCAUGCGGCACGAAAUCAAUUACGAUGACAGUUUUCGAGAAGAUAGACGAUCAGGAGUUAAGCUUUGCCAAGCAGUGUACACAAGAGGAGAAGACGUUGACGAACACACCGUUGCAGUGGAG